UUUAAUUUCUUCAUGUUUGGCGACAAAAUUUUUGGUAAACAGCAAGUUUAUCGAAAUGUUUAUUGUAUAGAUUACUUGCUCAGUGGUUUAUUUACAUAAUAUAGGAGAAGAGUGCGACAGGGCGCCACACUUGACUAUUUGUUGUCUUCUUAAAGUUUACAAUUAGUCUAGAACAUGGUUAUUGCUAUCGGUUUUGAGGGCAGUGCAAAUAAACUUGGUGUCGGCAUCGUAAGAGAUGGUGAAAUACUUGCAAACUGUAGAAGAACUUACAUCACACCUCCUGGAGAAGGAUUUCUACCGAGGGAAACUGCUGAACAUCAUCAACAAAACAUCCAUGGAGUGUUAGAAGAAGCUUUGGAACAGUCAGGAAUACUACCACAAGAUAUAGAUGUUGUAUGUUACACUAAAGGGCCUGGGAUGGGGGCACCUCUCAUGGUCUGUGCAAUUGUAGCCAGGACUUGCGCUAAGUUAUGGAAUAAACCAAUCCUUGGAGUUAACCAUUGUAUAGGACAUAUUGAAAUGGGUAGGUUAAUAACAAAAGCUAAUAACCCUACUGUACUCUAUGUUAGUGGUGGAAAUACACAGAUUAUUGCUUAUUCCAGACAAAGAUACAGGAUAUUUGGGGAGACUAUAGACAUUGCUGUUGGUAAUUGUUUAGACAGGUUUGCAAGAGUGCUCAAGUUGUCUAAUGCACCAAGUCCUGGAUAUAACAUUGAACAGGCAGCUAAAAGAGGAAAAAAAUAUUUACAUCUGCCUUAUUGUGUCAAAGGAAUGGAUGUUAGCUUCUCUGGAAUAUUGUCAUAUAUGGAAGAUAAAAUAGAUGAUCUUCUUAAAGAAUACACUCCAGAAGACCUUUGUUAUUCAUUGCAAGAGACAGUAUUUGCCAUGCUUGUAGAAAUUACUGAAAGAGCCAUGGCCCACUGUGGAUCUGAUGAGGUUCUUAUUGUAGGUGGGGUAGGUUGCAAUGAAAGAUUGCAAGAAAUGAUGGGUGUUAUGUGUGCAGAGAGAGGCAGCAAGAUAUUUGCAACAGAUGAAAGAUUCUGUAUAGACAAUGGAGUGAUGAUUGCACAUGCUGGCGCUUUAGCAUUUGAGUCUGGAGCAAGGAUGGACUUCAAGGAUACUACAAUCACACAGAGAUAUAGAACGGAUGAUGUUCUAGUGACAUGGAGGAAUGAUUAAAUGCU